AUGGGCUCACAGGUGACAGACGAGGCCUCGGUCCUCGAAAAGUUUGACCGACUCGUCGAGGCCGGGACAGUCUUGUACACCCCGGACCUGAAGACGAUUCGCCUCACGGACGGUGCACUCCAGUUCGAGUUCCUCAUCACCUCAGCCCUGAAAUCCAAACCCCUCGCCGUGUGGGGCAACGCCGAGCUCGACGACGAGCAGCCCGACGACCGGCAACAACCACAGCCAAAGACGAUCACCACGGCCAGCGGCGCGGCGCUGCAACUCGACGCCGACGGCCGUCUCCCCGGCGGCGAUAUCUCCGUCGCGGGCUUCGUCAUCGACCUCGUCAACGCCGGCUCCCACGUCCUCAUGUUCAACAAGUUCUGCGUCUACCGCCCGCACCUCAUCCUCCUGACGGCGGACGGCCACCGGCGGCAGUUCGAGGCGCUUGGGGCCGCGGACCUGGAGGCCGCGAGGGGCGUGCUCGAAGGUCUCAACGACGGGGGAGAGCAGGAUUUCCUCGCCAUCUUUAAUUGCGGCAAGGACGGCGGGUGUUCGAGGCUGCACAAGCACAUGCAGAUCAUCCCCGCGCCCUCGGCCUUCGCGCUCUGGCCCGACGACGGGGUCCAGGAGAGGGAGGUGCCGUACCGGUAUCUCAUCAAGAGAUUUGAAGGGGGCGGGAUGCCGGCUGCGAAGGAGUUGGCGGGGGAGUAUAAGAGGAUGUUGGUGGAGGCGACGAAGGCUGUGCCCGGGCGGGAGGAGGUCGUGGAGGAGGACGGGGACGGGAGGGGGAUUGCGGUGCCGCACAAUGUGAUUCUGAGUCGGCGCUGGAUGGUGGUUGUGCCGAGGAGGCGGGUCGGGUUCGAGAAGGCGGAUGCGAAUGCGGCGGGGAUGAUGGGGGUUGUUUGGGCUUCUGGAGAGGAGACGUAUGAGGCUUGGAAGGAGCUGGGGCCGAAGUGGGUGCUUGUGGAGGUUGGUGUGAGGAAAUGA